UCGCUGUCCGCGAAAUUUUAAUAUAUUGCAUGUGCUUUGUUUUAUUUUGGUUUUUAUUUACACAUUGAUUAAAAGAUGGCUAAUAUUAUUCUCCCGGAAGCAGAGAAAAUUUACAUUAUUCAUGGUAUCCAGGAAAAUAUCAGGUCUGAUGGCAGAUCAAAUCUUGAUUAUAGAACUAUUGAGCUGGAAACUGAUGUAAUUGCUAAUUGCAAUGGAUCAUGCCUUUUAAAAAUUGCAGAUACUAAACUUUUAGCUGGUGUAAAAGCAGAAUUAACUACUCCACCGGCAUCAUCUCCAGACAAAGGAUGGAUUGAAGUGUCAAUUGAAAGCACUCCUCAUGCACAUUUAGAUUUUGAAGGAAGAGGCGGAGAUGAUUUCUCAUCAGAAAUUAGUCAUAUUUUAACAAAAGUGUGCAACAACGACAAACUUGUGGACCUUAAAUCAUUAUGUGUCAUACCAGGACAGCAAGUUUGGGUUUUGUAUGUUGACAUUAUGGUUUUAGGUUAUGGUGGAAAUUUCAUUGAUGCUGCUGCAAUAGCUACAAAGGCUGCCCUAUACGAUACAAAAAUUCAAUCUGUAAGUGUGAAAAAUGACGGAGAAAAUGAGCCUGAAAUUGUUGUGUCUGAUGAUCCAUAUGAUGUAUUUUCCUUAGAUGUGAAACAGCUUCCUCUUCUCACUACACUUUAUAGGAUUGGAAAUGAAUUCAUAAUUGAUGCUACUAGGGAAGAAGAAACAUGUUGCAUUUGUAAACUUGUUCUUGGAGUUUCACUCAAAGAAACUGUAAUGAUGAAACAGAUUGCUGGAUUUGGAAGUUUGCAUAUUGAAAGUAUUAAAGAUGCCAUUGAAGUAGGUCAAGAAAUUGGAAUGAAUCUACAAAAGCAAUUACUAGAAUCUUUAGAAAGGGAGAAAAUUCUACCGAAAAAGAAAAAAUGUCUUUUUUAAGGUGUACAUAUAUUUGUUGUAAAUUAUAUUUAUUAAUAAGUCUUAAUUCAUAAUUUACAUGUUUUAUUAUUAUUAAUAUAUUGAAUAUCAGCUUAUCAAAAACAAAUCUGGAGAAAUUCUGGAUACAGUAUAUUAGAAUCUUCAGUAUAAACGUAAUUUGUUGAUACCAGGAAUCAGCUGUAUUUUUAUUAUAAAUAGCGUUUUCAAGAGUGAAAGGGAACUUGAAUGUUUAUUUCCUCACAAAGAUGUGACAAAAUGAAAUGUUAGAGUUCAUUUAAAAAUUUUUAUUUGACAUCACAUAGUUUGAUUAAAUAGGAACUAUCCUGCUUUA